CUGCACAAUGAUGAAUUCUAAAAAGGACUUUUUCUGAAAGCUCUGCACCAAAAUCUUUCUUUUGGGUAAUUAGCUUUUUGGAUCCAAAUGGCAACUUUGCUACUCAUUUUCUCAUUUUUUCUUCAUUGGGUGGCCACCACUCCAGCUUCCAUGGGUUUUCUUUCACCUAAAGGUGUCAACUAUGAAGUGGCAGCAUUGAUGUCUAUGAAGAAUAGAAUGAGAGAUGAAUACCAUGUGUUAGAUGGAUGGGAUAUAAAUUCUGUUGAUCCUUGUACUUGGUACAUGGUUGGUUGUUCUUCAGAAGGCUUUGUUAUUUCUCUUGAAAUGGCAAGUAUGGGAUUAUCUGGCACACUUUCGCCUAGUAUUGGGAAUUUAACUCAUCUUCGGACAAUGUUGUUGCAGAAUAAUCAUUUAUCUGGUCCAAUUCCUACUGAAAUUGGACAGCUCACUGAACUGCUGACCCUUGAUUUGUCUGGUAAUCAGUUUGAUGGAGGAAUUCCUAGGGCGUUGGGUCGCCUGAUUUAUUUAAAUUACUUGAGGCUUAGCAGGAACAGAUUGUCUGGACAAAUUCCUAAACCUGUGGCAUACCUUUCAGGUCUUUCAUUCUUGGACUUAUCAUUCAAUAACCUUAGUGGUCCAACUCCAAAAAUUUUGGCCAAAGACUACAGUAUUGCAGGAAACAGAUUUCUUUGCUCUGCAUUGACCACGCAAAUUUGUGGGGGUGUGCCAAAACCAGUAAAUGAAACAUCUUCAGACAAGAGGAUUACCAAUCAUCAUCGAUGGGUUGUUUCUGUUAGCGUUGGGGUCAGUUGCACAUUCAUAGUUACAGUCGUGCUUCUGGUUUGUUUGGUGCAUUGGUACAGAUCUCGUGUCCUCACAGGAUAUGUGCAACACGAUUGUGAGUUCGCCACUGGCCACCUGAAGAGAUUUUCAUUUCGUGAACUGCAAAUUGCCACUGGUAAUUUCAGCUCUAAGAACAUACUAGGACAAGGUGGAUUUGGAGUGGUUUACAAAGGAUACCUUCCAAAUAGGACAGUAGUGGCUGUCAAAAGAUUAAGAGAUCCAAGUUUCACUGGAGAAGUGCAGUUUCAAACAGAAGUUGAGAUGAUAGGCUUGGCUGUGCAUCGGAACCUUCUACGUCUGUAUGGAUUCUGUACGACUCCCGAGGAAAGAUUACUUAUUUACCCUUAUAUGCCAAAUGGGAGCGUUGCCGAUUGCUUGAGAGACAAUGGCCGGGAUAAACCAUUUUUGGAUUGGAGAAAGCGCAUGCAUAUAGCUCUUGGAGCUGCCAGAGGUCUUCUGUAUUUGCAUGAACAGUGUAAUCCUAAAAUAAUUCACAGAGAUGUUAAGGCGGCUAAUAUUCUGCUUGAUGAAAGUUUUGAAGCUGUUGUUGGUGAUUUUGGUCUUGCUAAGCUUUUAGACUGUAGAGAUUCUCAUGUUACAACUGCAGUUCGUGGUACUAUAGGUCAUAUAGCACCAGAGUAUUUAUCAACUGGUCAAUCAUCUGAGAAGACAGAUGUCUUUGGAUAUGGGAUACUACUUUUGGAACUCAUUACAGGACACAAGGCAUUAGAUGCAGGAAUUGGUCAGGGUCAGAAAGGAACUAUUCUUGACCGGGUCCGGAAUUUAUUUGAGGAAAAGAAAGUGGAAAUGCUUGCGGAUAGGGAUCUAAGAGGAUGUUUUAAUGCAGAGGAGCUAGAGAAAACAGUUGAAGUGGCUCUACAGUGUACUCAAUCUAACCCCAAUAAUCGGCCUAAGAUGUCGGAAGUUUUGAGAAUCCUGGAAGGUGUUACAGAACAAAUGGGGCAUGUGGACGAAUCACAAGGUGGAAGCAACACAUGUCAAACAAGGGCUUUCAGCUUCUCUAGGAAUUUUAGUGAUAUUCAUGAAGAAUCCUCAUUUACUUUUGAACCAAUUGAGCUUUCAGGACCCAGAUAACUAAAGUAGCCUGCACUGGCAUCGUCAUAAUAAGCGUGCAAUCUUGAUAUAUCUAGUUCAGCCAUACAUACGAGUAUAUUGUUGCUUUAAGUCAAUGUCCUAGUACUCUGUAAGUUACUGUAAUUUGUAAAUUUUGUUGCAAAAACAUUCAUUAUACUAGUUCUUGGUGGUUCACAA